AUGGCAUUAACGAAGGAGUCCCUCAGAGCCAGACUGGGCCCGGCUCGACCAGCAGAGAGUCUGACCAGGAAAGAAAUCGCUCUGUUCAGAAGCAGUCCGAAGCAGAGCAUCUGUGUGCGGCUGCUGCAGGAAGGCUUCCACAGGUCGUUCUCUGAGCUCGUCUCUCUGCUGCGCUCUGAUCAGGACUGGAGGGCGACGGCUGAACCGGGAUUACUCAGGCUUCGUGCUCCUCCUCUGGUGGAACAAAGACACAAAAUGGAGACCAUUAGCCAGCACCUGAGCUUGGCUGAGGAGGCUGAAAGGACCGGUACCUGGUCCACCGUCUGCGAGGAGCGUCUCCUUUUGGGUCGGAUCUUCUCAGACCCCGAGGACCUCUGGCUCCGCUUCUACUUCUACCACAGCUGUACUGACAGAGAGAAAGGGAGGUUCUCCAGAGCAGCCACUGAGGCCCGGGCCUGCCUGACUGAGCUGUACCUGGAUCAAGGUGAGCUGGAGGAGGCGAGGCAGCAGGGAGAGCUAUGCCGCAAACAGGCGGAGGACGGCGGCUGGCUGGACUCAGACGGUCAGCCCUUGAAGCUCCGGGCCUGCCGGGAUCUGUGGAAGAUCUACAGAGAGCUCGCGGAGGCGCCGCUGGCCGCCGAGGACCACAACAAGGCCCUGAUGCUGCUGCACGAAGGCAACAGCAGGGCCGCAGAGUCUGAAGACAAACACAUGCAGGGGGAGGCAGCUUUCCAAGUAGGCCUGGCCUAUCAGAGAGCAGGAGACCACAGCACAGCCAAAAAGUUCUUUAACACCAGCAUGGAGAUUUUUCACAGCUUAGACGGCACAGACAGAGCGGUGAAGGCCUGCAUAGCUUCGGCAAAGUCUCUAAAGAGCGAGGGAUACUUCGAGGAGGCGGUCACGUGUCUGGAGAAGUUAGUCGCCAUGUCUCGUAGCAGCGGACUGCAUCACAGACUGAUCGACGUUCAUCUGUGUCUGGGAAACAUCUGCUUCAGCAGGAGUCAGUAUGUGAAAGCUGCUGAGUACUACCUGCAGGGCUACAAGGUGGCCUGCACCACAGAAGAUGUGGCUCGUCUGCAGAGAGCGCAGGUGUUGGUGGCCUCCGCUCACGCCCACGCCACGAUUGGAAAAUACAGCGCCAACCUUACCUCAACCUCGCCCGCCGCUCUGCAGGCGCUGCUCGCCUGGAAAGUGAAACGAGGACGCGAGGACCUCAGUGUGGAUUCCGAGGACUACUACUCUCCUGCCUGUUUUUAACAGGCCGUCGUUUGACAAUAUGAGGGAGAGAAAGGAGAAGAGUUACCUGUUACCGUGAAUAAAGAUGAAACCCUGAAACA